AUGUCAGAUCAACAACCUCAGGAUCCUCCCCGGGCCCCUGAUCCUCGCUGCCCUACAACAUCAUCAACAACCUUCUCGCUACCACUCCGCCCACGCAUUUCCGGCAUCCAAAGCACCAUGACCGACUCCCUUGAACCAGAUCACCCACAAACGACAACCCCCCCUUUGCUCUCACCGGGAAUCUCAGUCCAGUUCCAUGGCGACCCAACCGACGAUGGCAGGCCGAGACCGGCAACUCCUCCUCACACUCAUUCGGCCCCAGCCCAGAUGCAGCAAUAUCCGAGUCCCAUGAGACACCACAAGCGAACACCGUCCUUUCACAGAGAAGUCAAGGAAACUCUUAAUGCGAGAUCCGAGUAUCUGGACGACGACAUCGACGGCUGUUCCCGCCAACGCAUCAACCAGUAUCUCAUUAAGGAUGAGAUAGGCCACGGCUCUUACGGCGCCGUUCGUCUGGCCACCGACCAGUUUGGCAAGGAAUAUGCCAUCAAGCAAUUCUCCAAGGCUCAGCUGAGAAGGCGCGCUCAGUCCGAAAUUCUUCGCCGUGCGCCAAGGGGCCCUCGCAACCAGCCCAUCUCUCGCUUCUCAGAGCAAAGGCUUCUCGAGGCCAAGGAUGCCCUCUUUCUGAUCAGGGAGGAGAUUGCCAUCAUGAAGAAGCUGAAUCAUCCCAACCUUGUCCAGCUGUAUGAGGUGCUGGAUGACCCCGAGGAUGAUUCGCUUUACAUGGUGCUGGAAAUGUGUAAGAAGGGCGUGGUCAUGAAGAUGGGCAUUCAUGGAUCUGUUGAACCCCUGCCCGAGGAACAGUGUCGUUUUUGGUUUCGGGAUCUGAUUUUGGGUAUAGAGUAUCUCCACUCACAAGGCGUGAUCCACCGUGAUAUCAAGCCGGACAACCUACUCCUCACUGAGGACGACGUCCUCAAGAUCGUCGACUUUGGAGUCUCGGAAAUCUUCGAAAAGACAGAUGAGAUGAAAACAGCAAAGCCUGCAGGCUCACCGGCUUUCCUGCCACCUGAGUUGUGCGCAAAGCAUGGCGAUGUUUCGGGCAGGGCAGCGGAUAUCUGGUCUAUGGGAGUUACUCUGUACUGUCUGCGUUACGGCAAGCUCCCAUUUGCAUGUGAUAACCAGCUGGAGAUGUGGGAAGCGAUCAAAACCCAGGAGCCUCAGUUUCCUCCCGACGAGAAGCCCGAGUUUCUUGACUUGAUGCAUAGGAUUCUGGAGAAGGAUCCGGCGAAGAGAAUUACCAUGCAUGAGCUCAGGGAACACCCUUGGGUGACCAAGAACGGCGAAGACCCGCUACUUAGCGAAGAAGAGAACUGCUCUGAGCCAAUUGAAGUACCCAAUGCUCUUGAGCUCAACCAUGCCGUUACCAGGCGGAUGAGCCAUCUCUUUUGCGUGAUGAGAGCAAUCUCCAAGUUCAAGAGUCUCCUCAACCGCAACGGAGCCACGCGCAAAUCCCAACCCCAAAAUGUCCAAGUCAAACCUGACGAAAACGAGCUAGACAUUGACUUUUCCAACACCAACUUCAAGGAACCUACGCAAAAUGACAAAGAAUCCACAGCCGAAUUUGCAAACCGCAUUCUCGAAGAGCGCAGGAAAUUCUUCAACCCUACCGGUCCCCGUGCCUUCGGCAUCAACCGAACCCUGGCCGGGAAGUACAACCUCAGCGGCGGCCCUCUCCACCCCCUCGCCACCGGAAACCCUCUCCCUUCUAUUGCACCAUUCAGCUCCACCUCAUCCUCCAUUACCCUAACCAACUCAAUGACAAUCUUACCCGGUCCGAGCCCAGGAACUUCUGACCAGAUCCAACCCCAACAGCAAUCUCAACCACCUCACCUCGGCAUCGGUGUAGGCGGCGUUGACACCUCCUUCUCCAUCAACACUUCUGACCUUCCGUCCGCCGAUCACGUCUCAGAAAGCCCGACCAUGGUCGACUUCAACAUUUACGAUAACGCCUUCCAAGACGAAAUUGAGCGGAUCAAGCGUUCGGCCAGUAUUAGUUCUACCAAUGGCGCUCGUAGGAAUAGCAAGGCUAAUGACCGUAGAGGAACUGGGUCUGGGACGGGUAUGGGAACGAUUUAUCAUACGCGGUUGAAUAAGAAGAGACAUGAUACUAUCAUUCUGGGGAAUAAUGGCCAGAGAGAGGUGGAGGAAGAUCGUGGGGGACUAUUUGGGACUAGUGGGAAGGGGAGAAACGAUGAGCAGGGUGCAACAGCUACGCCGAAGGAUCUUUGGCAGUCAAAACGGGAAGGGGACAAUGAGGGUAAGAAAGGAGGAGGUAGUGGGUUUGCGAAUGUGGUGGCUAAGGCUAUGGAAGGGGCGAAUGAGGUGGUGGUUGGGGGUGUCGCGACCAAGGGAGAAGGGAAGGCGGUGGAAGGUAGGAGGCAAUAG